UUAUUCGUCUAUGAUGAUACCCAAAAGGCUAUUACACACAAGCUCAAUAUGCCACUCAAAGUUCCAACUAAACCCCAAUUUCAAAUUCAAAUGUGGUCUUGAACUACAUACCCAACUAAAAACAAAUCAUAAACUAUUUUCACUCUCUCCAAAUAAAUUUGAUUCUGCCCCAAAUUCAAAAAUAAGUUAUUUUGAUUGUGGUCUACCUGGUACUCAGCCAAAACUAAAUCCUGAGGCAUUACUUCUUGCAUUGAAAACAGCCGUGGUUUUGAAUAGUGAUAUCCAGUCCAGAUCUACCUUUGAUAGAAAACAUUAUUUUUACCUGGAUCAACCAUUGGGUUACCAAAUAACUCAACGCUAUCACCCUAUUGCUAGAAAUGGUUGGUUAGAUUUGAAUAAGAAAUUCGAUAAUAUCAAAACAAACGAGAAAAGAAUUCAUAUUGAACAGAUACAAUUAGAACAAGAUACUGGGAAAACUAUCUAUGAUAAAACUGAUCAACUUAUUAAAGUUGAUUUGAAUAGAGCAAAUGUCCCCCUUAUUGAACUAGUGACUAAACCAGAUUUUGAAGAUUUGGAUCAAGUAAGAGCAUUCAUUAAGAAGUAUACCACUCUAGUUAGCCACUUGGAUAUCUGUACUGGUAAUUUGGAACUAGGUGCAAUGAGAGUUGACGCAAAUGUAAGUAUAAAUGGCGGUGAUCGAGUUGAAAUUAAAAAUUUAGGAAGCACGGGUGAAAUUAUAAACGCUUUGAAAUAUGAAUAUAAUAGGCAAUUAAAUAUCUUAAAAAAUGGCGGCCAAAUCCUUCAAGAAACUCGUGGUUGGAAUGGAACUGAAACUAUAAGAGCAAGAUCUAAAGAAGAUGCAGUUGAUUAUAGAUAUUUCCCAGAUUCUGAAUUACCAGUUAUUAAUUUAGAUCCCAAAAUUGGUGAACAAAUCAAAUCCAAAUUACCGGAAUUACCAGAGUCAAUUAUUUCUAAACUUAUAAGUAAACCCUUUAACUUAGAGUUGAAACAUGCAAAAUUUUUAAUUGAUAAUACUGAUAUACUUGAUUAUUAUCAUAAUGUUUUCAAUGUCGUCGUACUUGAAAAUAAAAAAUCAGUUAAAUUGGUGAAUAAUUGGAUGAUGCAUCAGUUACUAGGUAAUUUUAACAAGUUAAACAUUCCUUUGGAUUUGACUUUGGUUCCAUUUAAAAAAUUAAGUGAAUUGAUUUUAUUGAUUUCUGAAAAGGAGAUAACCCAAACUUCUGCUCAAUUAUUAUUACAAGAAAUUAUUAAGAAUCCUGAAGAUAGAUCACUUCCAGUAACCGAAUUGAUUGAAAAAUAUGAUUUAGGUACACCAAAGGAUCUACCAACUAAUGAAUUAAGUGAAGCAGCAGAAGAAAUUUGUAAUGAUAUUAUUCAAAGUAACCCAGAUGUUAUUGAAAGGAUUAUGGGAGGUAAGAAAGGCUCGAUCAACUUUUUGGUAGGUUUGGCAAUGAAAGAAACUCAAGGUAAAGUUGAUUCAAGUAUAUUUAAAUCAAAAUUCAAUGAAAUCAUUGAGAAACUACAGAAUCUGUAA